GCCUCUCCUUGUCAACUUUCGGAAACGCCAUGGAUUUCACAUGUUGCAGCACCCUCCCUCUUAUCCCCGCAAAGUCAUAGGCCUCGACGCAUCUAUUUAUAACCAGACCGAGGCACCCCCAUCUCCACCACCGCAAUCUAUGAUUCUGUACCUCCUCCUUAAUCCACUGCCUCGCCUUUGGAUCCACAGGCCGUAAGAGAACCCUCGAGAUGGCAGGGAGAAGGUCGAGGCUCUGUCUCUCCAAAGGCAGAGACAAUGGUGGUUCUGGCUCUUCCGGCACCUCGCGGGUGGUUCGCAAGGGCCACUUCGCGGUGUACACACGGGAGGGGCGGCGGUUUGUGGUGCCGAUAGCGUACCUGAAGAGCAACAUCUUCCAGGAGUUGUUCCGGAUGUCGGAGGAGGAAUACGGGGUGCCGGUCGGCGACCGCCCCAUCACGCUGCCGUGUGACGCGGCCUUCAUGGAGCAUGUCGUGGCCUCGCUCAGGGACGGGCGCUGGAAGAAGCCGUGCGCCGCUCCAUUUUUCCUAACCAGAGCCUGAGUUCCUCUGCUUCAAGGAUAUGGACUCAAAUUCAUGGCUAAUCUUUAUGAUUGGCCGAGGGCCUGUAACUUUGUCGUAUUACUAGUUGAUCUUUUAUCCUA